AAGUUUAGUUAUUGCCGAAAACAUGUACGUGCUAGCCAAAUGUAUCCUGUUGGUGUACGCUGCCGUUGCAGCGUCUGGCUUCGAGUUAGGACCUCAAGAUGUGGUAUUUCACUUAUUCACUAGGCAAAAUCCAAAUCAAAGUGAGCCACUGCUACCCACUGUGAAUUCAAUUUCUUUGGCCAACUUCCUCAGUCUGGAUAAGUGCACAGUCUUCACCAUUCACGGUCACAAUGACUCUGCAGGUGGCAACUUUAAUGCUUUCGCAAUUCGUGCUCACCUACUAUCUCAAGACGUGAACAUAUUAGCAGUUGACUGGUCCCCUGGUGCUAGUAUGUACACCCAAGGCCUCGUGAAUGCUCGUCAGGUUGGACAAGUGAUAGCCAGUUUCAUAACGAUUCUAUUGGACACUUUCCGUUACGACCCUGAAUGCAUUAGAAUAGUCGGUGUUGGUCUCGGUGGACACAUUGCUGGAAUUGCAGCCAGAUCAGUUGCGGUUGAUAUUCCUCAAAUCAUUGCUAUCGAUCCUGCUUUCCAUGGCUGGACACAUAACCCUGACAUCCUGGCACCUACCGAUGCUAAAGUCGUUGAGGUUCUUCAUGCAACCGCUGGUUCUUUCGGUUACGACUACCCUCUUGGCGAUCUUGAUUUCUAUCCAAACGGCGGAUCUCAGCAGAGUGGGUGCGCCUUCUAUGCUGAAUCUCUUGAAGCUGAAGUUAACGAUGGUAAUAAAUUUGUUGGAACUGCCUGUGAGACCUAUGAAGAGGCCAUCGAGUUACAAUGCUUCGGUGACAGAAACGCAACCUUUGGUGGAACUGACGUUAAGACCACUGAAUCCGGAAUUUACAUUUUCCUUACAAACUUGGUACCACCUUUCGCUAGAGGCUAACUACAAUAUUUAAUACAACGAUGUGAGACUACUAACCAAAUAUAAACAUACUUAAAUACCUCUUUUUGGAAGAUAUUUAAUUGGAGUUCAUAAAAAUUUAUAAA